AGUAAGUUGCAGUCCGAGGUUCUCAAGGAUGCCAUCUCCCAGAUAGUUUAGGAUGCCAAGAAGAAUAGGAAGUUCACUGAGACUGUUGAGCUUCAGAUUAGUCUGAAGAAUUAUGAUCCACAAAAGGACAAGCGUUUCAGUGGCUCUGUUAAGUUGCCUCACAUCCCUCGUCCAAAGAUGAAGGUGUGCAUGCUUGGUGAUGCCCAACACGUUGAGGAGGCUGAGAAGAUGGGACUUGACUACAUGGAUGUUGAGGCCCUCAAGAAAAUGAACAAGAACAAGAAGCUUGUUAAGAAGCUUGCCAAGAAGUACCAUGCUUUUUUGGCAUCAGAGACCAUCAUCAAGAAAAUUCCCCGUCUCCUUGGUCCUGGUCUCAACAAGGCAGGCAAGUUCCCCACUCUGGUCACUCACCAGGAAUUCCUAGAAUCCAAGGUGAAUGAGACGAAGUCUACAGUCAAGUUUCAACUGAAGAAAGUCCUUUGCAUGGGUGUCGCGGUCGGUAACCUGUCUAUGUGUCGGGGACCAUAA